UGUUUCGCCGUGGCUUUUCUCCUUCAUAUAUCACCACUCCCUUCUCGACUCCUGCGUCUGCAUCAGCGACAUCUGUCUUGUCUGCCUGCGCCUCUCUCGACAUUUCGAUAUCUACACCACCUACACGGGACUCCCGUUAUUAACCUCCUGUCUACCGCAAAAAUGAGCGAAAUUGCCCAUCCUACCAUUCAAGAUGGCUGGUUCCGUGAGAUCUCGGACAUGUGGCCUGGCCAGGCCAUGACACUCAAGGUCAAGAAGGUCGUCCAUCACGAGAAGAGUCAGUACCAGGAUGUCCUCAUCUUCGAGUCCACCGACUACGGCAUGGUCUUGGUCCUGGACAAUGUCAUCCAGGCCACUGAGCGCGAUGAGUUCUCCUACCAGGAGAUGAUCACCCACCUGGCCAUGAACUCUCACCCCAACCCCAAGAAGGUCCUCGUCAUCGGCGGCGGUGACGGCGGCGUCCUCCGUGAGGUCGUCAAGCACGAGUGCGUCGAGGAGGCUAUCCUCUGCGACAUUGACGAGGCCGUCAUCCGCCUCUCCAAGCAGUACCUCCCCAACAUGGCCGUCGGCUUCGACCACCCCAAGGCCAAGACCCACGUCGGCGACGGCUUCAAGUUCCUCGAGGAGUACAAGGACACCUUUGACGUCAUCAUCACCGACUCCUCCGACCCCGAGGGCCCCGCCGAGUCCUUGUUCGAGAAGCCCUACUUCCAGCUCCUUCACGACGCCCUUCGGGAGGGCGGUGUCAUCAGUACCCAAGCUGAGAACCAGUGGCUUCACAUGCCGCUCAUCUGCAAGCUCAAGAAGGACUGCAAGGAGAUCUUCCCCGUAGCCGAGUACGGCUACACCACCAUCCCCACCUAUCCCAGCGGCCAGAUUGGCUUCAUGGUCUGCUGCAAGGACCCCAGCCGCAACGUCAAGGAGCCCCUCCGCAAGUGGUCCCCUGAGGAGGAAGACAAGCUGUGCAGGUACUACAACUCGGAGAUCCACAAGGCCGCCUUCAUCCUGCCCAACUUUGCCAAGAAGGCUCUGCAGUGAAUGUGCCUAGCGGCUUCACGACGCGACGACGUAAAACGGGAACAUGUUCUUCACGACCCCAGAGUUUUCGUAGGUUGUAUGGGCAGCAGGGAGAAAGUGGGAAGGGAGAUUUUUUUGGAAACCGGACAGGGGAAUAAAUCUCUUAGCCCCAUGGGAUGAAGGACAUCAACUGAAGAAAAAGUUUAGUCAUGACGCGGAGGUUGACUC